UCCCGGUAGUGAAAUAUCGCUCAUCACUAGUUGUAGUUAUUCAUAUCGUUUCAUCCCUAUCUCAAACUAAAAUGUCAACUUCAUAAAUUUACACCAAUUUGCCACACAAGCCUAUACAAAAUCAGAUUGAUCAUAAACCGAACUAGGGGCGUUAUAAGUAGCUUGAUUAGAAGCCGGGCCAAGUGCUUCAAAAAAAAGAAACAACAUAAAUUAUCAAACGAAGCAAAAUUGAGAAAAACUUCGUGUUUGGAACGCUUGGAUUUCUCUACCACUAUUUAAUCGGAUACAUAUUUCCGUAAAUAAAUUUUUUUUUUUUUUGAAAAUGAGAAAGGAAAAAGGUAAACCGCUUACGGAACUUUUGGAUAAUCUGCCAAAUCAUGGCGUCGGCCGACUAAUUAUUCGUGCCUCCGGUAAGGUAAAUCUUGAAGCACCCACCUAUAUGCGCAUUUUGGAAGUAGAUAUGAGCUCGCAAACGGUUCUAACGGGGAGGAGGGUAAAGAAAGGCGGUCAAAAAAUUGAUGUAAUAAAGAUACCAGUGAAGGUAGAAGACGUUCGGAACGGCAUCAUUUUCCCAAAACCAGUUAAUAUCAGCAGGUACAGCUAUUUGCAUGAUUUCGUUUUGGUAGCAGAAGACGAAGAAGAAAAGUUUUUAAGAAAUACCAAAACAGCAAAGGAAGUGGGUUAUUUCCAUUGGAAUUCUGCUCAAAGGAGACAUAUAAAGGAAAUGGUUGAAGGGGGUAUGUCAAAAGAGGAAGCUGAGCGAAGGGAAAAAGAAAGGAUAGUCCGAGAACGAGCUGUACAAGGUCGGCGCGUACAAUUCCCCAGGAAAGAACUUUCGGAACAGGAAAAGGAAAGAAUAGAGAGAACCAAAAGUGAAGUGAGUAAUUUUCACUGGAACUCUGCUCAAAGGAGACAUAUAAAGGAACUGGUUGCAGGGGGUAUGGCAAAAGAGGAAGCUGAGCGAAGGGAAAAAGAAAGGAUAGACCGAGAACGAGCUGCACAAGCUCAGCGCCAAAAACGCCAUAGGAAAGAAACUAUUCAAGAGGAUUUCGGAGAAUUUUCAGCACAACAAAAGGAAAGAAUAGAAAGAAUGGUUAAAAAUGGCAUGGAUCCUGAUAUAGCCAAACAAUUGGAAUGGGAAAAGAAAACAGCUUUGGAAGCAGCUGCUUAUAGCGGAUUAAAUGAAGCUGGAUCUGGUCGUAGCUGCGGUUUAAAAAGAUUCCAUGAACGAAACAAAUAAUGAAUGUGCAGUUGGCAGUGCAAAAGUCGCUAAAAUUGCUUAAAUUAGUACUACAUAGUAUAUAUAUAAAUAUGAAUUUUUUUUUUGUUUUGAAAGCAUGGUAUUAUCCGGCAGGGGUUGAAAAUCACUCGGCAGUGAAUUGCAGAACCUGUCGGAAUAUUUGAAAAUUUUCAAUAAAGGUUCGCCUCGGUACAC